ACACGAAUAUGCUCUACAACAACACCAACAACAACAUUUCGAGGCCCUGAUGCAAGAAAAUAAUACUGGAAAUAGCUUUAGACAACGUAAGGAGCGGAUGUCAAAAAAGCAAAAAGAAAUAUAUGUCAAUUUUAUGGAACAGAAUCCCGUUAUAAACGAACAUCGGCGGAGCGACCCCAUAUUAGAUCAAUAUUGGGUAAAGUUAGCUGAUAUUCUAAACUCAGUGCCACAAGGUGCUGUAAAGCACGUAGCGGAGUGGAAACAGACUUUCGAUAACUGGCGGUACCGGGUGUUCUUGUAUGCUCGAUAUAACUCAAAAAUCACAGGCGCGGACGCAUUGAAUCCAAAAAGCUUUAAGCCUCUAACGCAAACGGAUAAACGGGCAUACCACUUUUGGAUAAGAAACCCCGAUACAGCUCCACCUGAUUUAGAAAAAAUGCGAAAUGUAUUUGUAAAUCUAGAGGAAACUCAACAAGAAUAGGUGUAGUCCUUUUUCUCGCGUGACCGACUAAAGAGUAAGAACGAUAGUAAAAUUGAGAAUCCUAUGUAUUUAUGUACUACCUAAGGCUAUUAAAUUUUUGUCAUACAAAUAUAAUAAGAAAUAAUUUAACUAAAAUGUUUACUUUAUUUUUAAGAAAGUAAAAGUUUCAUUUCCGACCAUCAAUGAACACUUUAUGUUA